AUGGCUUGUCGUCAUUCUACAACCCUAAAAGAGAGAAUAGUUUCUGCAAAAACUCGUGAACUAAAAAAUGAAAGAUCCCCGAAUGUGUUUAAAGGAACAGUAAAAGAGCAUGAUGAAGUGACAGAAAUAUUAUCCAUGAAAAAUCAAAAUGAUUCACUUCAUCAAUUAUCCUCACUUUCACAAGACAGCAACAAUGAUAUAGAUAUCAAUGCAGAAACCGGCAGCAAUGUAAAUGGUUACCAGAGUGAACAAAUUGUUGAUGAAGAAAUUGAUCAAAUAUCCCAUGAACUUGAUCCAUCUGAGCAAACUUCUAAUAAUAACGUUGAAGAUGAGUUUGGUACCAAAGAUCUGGAAUUAUUCACAAAACGAUUUGAAAAGAUGGAUCCUAAUUACAAAUGGAAGCUGAAGAGUGGAAGGAUCGUUGAAGAUAUUUUGUAUGAAUUGGGUAGAAAUUGCAAGUAUAGCAAUUUAGUACAUUCAUUUAUUCUUGAUCCGGAGGAAGGAUACAUAUGUUCUGCCUUUACUAAAGAGGAAUUAGAUGAAGUUAUUCAACAAAAUUACCGACCUCCACCACCAUUAGACUUGGACCAACUAAAAUAUCUGAGUACCUUUGUUAAACAAAGUACAGCAGAAAUUCGUGAAGAAUUAAACCGAGAACAUCCAAAGUUGGGACGAAAUUAUGAUCCAAAGAAAGAUUUUUUUUAUCAUCAUAUUAAAAUGACCGUUGCUGAUUGGGUUGUACUCUUAGAAUCAGAUCCUAAUCCUCUCACAUUAGAUCUUCCAGAAGCCUGGUAUCGUGUAAAUGUGUGGCGAUGCAUUGAUAUCGCUUUUUCAGAUGUUCCAGGUGAGAAAGCUGGCAUAGCGAGUGCUGAAAGGAAAAAUCAAUUCAGAACUUUGAGCAACAUAGCCCCCAUGGAAAGGAAAAUUAUCGGGAAAAAAGGUGAUGGAUUUGUUAGGCAAGUUGGGCAAAUACCCAUUGAUUGGGCUGCAUCAGAAGUGGGUCCUUGUUGGGAAGGAGAAAAAGGUACCAAAAUCCUUAAAGAAGGUGGGCUUCAUUUACCCAAACAAAUGAAGGAUAUUUUUAUGUAUCUUGCAAAAAAGGUCAAUUACGACGAGACUAAAAUAAGAAAUAUUGACGUACCUGGAUUUAUUCAUGCUGGUUUGUAUGUUAUUUCUGUUCCUAAAUUUCUUGACCUAAAUUCUUAUCAAAAACCAAUUUCUCUUUUUGCAUCAGGUGCAGUUUUGAUUAAAAUGAACCUAGACUGUCCUAAAGGUUAUGUUUGCAGAUAUACAAAAGACAAACCUUGUGAAUUAUAUGCUGAUGUGAAGCAAUUCGGAAAAUCUUUGGAUGCAUUUGUUACUGUAUUAUAUGCAAAA